UAUGCCUUUAUCUCGCAAUGACUGAGGAGGCACAGACGCACACAUUCACGGCCGCCUCGGGGAAGGAUCUCACCACUGUGUCUUAUUUGGACUUCACAUCAACAGAAGUGGAAACAGAUGCCUUAGGGAAAAUUGUGGAUCAGUCGGAGGCGGAACCGUCGACAGUGGCUGGAAGUUCUCAGGAAGAAUCAAACAACUCCCAGUCAUUGUCACCUGGGAAUUUGGGGGCUCAAGAGGAUGCAGGAACCUCAUCAGACAGCAAGACUGCUGCUUCCCUGGUUCCAGGAGCUGUGACUGGUGAAUCUAAUGCAAUGGAUCCAGUUGCUUCCACGGCAGAGCCUUGGCUUUCCCUGGCCAACACUUCCACACCGUCAGGCUCCGCGGUAGUGCCGGGGGUGCCGGCCACCUCGCCAACCAGCAGGUCAUUGACAGGACCAGGCUCUACAUCAGUCAAGCCCUCUGUCACGAUGGACCACCCCACCAGCAGGGCAGCAGAGGAAUCUGCUCUGGGGGGUCAGAGGGACCCUUCUGCCACACGCGCUGGUACGGCAGAAGUGCCUGCUGUUGCCUCGGGCUUCCCGGCCACCGUCCCUGAACCUGUCUCUUCCUCGGUCGCGCCUCCACUCUUCCCAGCCACAGUGGGGGUCGGUGGAUCUGCUGGGACAUUCACCACUGCCGAUGGUUCCGUCUCGCCUCAAGGCCCACCCGUUGGUACCAGGAGGGGGGUGGGUUCCAUCACCCCGGAUCCGGACUACAGGACCACUGUGGAAGCGGAAUCCAAGGCGGAGGAGCCCGCACUCGAUCCCGAAGAGGUCCACGAGUCCAAAGCCACCACUGGCAGAGGAGAACCUCAGAAGAUCAUGCAGGUUGUCUGCAGGGACUGGAGCAAGCUGGCUGGCAAGAGUUAUGUGAUCUUGAACAUGACUGAAAACAGUGAAUGUGAAGUAUUUCGAUCCCACAGAGGACUGGAGCUCCUGAAGAUAGUAGCAGAGUCUUUCUCCAGGAAGCUGAGUACUCCUGCCAACUCUUGGCUGGUCUCACUGAGCAAACCCAGUGAACAUGACAAACAUCUCCUGAUGAUGCUGGCCAGCGAUCGAGGGACAAUACCAGCAAAGGAAGUUAUCGCAAUGUUGGGAGAUGUCAAAGAGAACUUGAAAGAGAUUGGUAUCCAUAACAUCACCUCGUCCACAGGAUGCCAAGGAAGACCCAGCCAGCCCCGCGGAGAUUACGGGAAGCUCUUCAUUGUGCUGGUUAUCAUUGGCUCGAUCUGCGCAGUGAUCAUUGUCUCGGGCUUUGUCUACAUCUGCUGGCAACGGCGGCUCCCAAAGUUAACGCACAUGUCCCAUGGCGAGGAACUCCAUUUUGUUGAGAACGGUUGCCACGACAACCCGACCCUGGACAUAACGAUAGACAGCACAGUGGAGAUGCAGGAGAAGAAGCCCAGCGUGAAUGGCGAUGCGAUGGAACGUUCCGGAGGCUGGAAUGCCCUGGUGAACAAAGGGUCGAGGGACGAAGGGGACAGUUUUGAGGAGGACACCCACCUCUAAGAGCCUUCACCACUUUAAGGGUAGAGGCUAUCACUGUUGAUGAACCCAUGCACUUUGCACAAGAGGCUCUGCUGCUUCGUAAGGAAUGCUGCAUUCAAAAUCUACAAUAUCCCUUUUCUUUUGUGCUGUGGCAUCUUCAAGACUUCAAACGUCAGAACUAAAAGUGGGCAGCUGACAUUGUUUAGUCCGUAUCUUGAAUAGAACGAUCGGCAAAUAAAAGUUUGGGGGUUUGCUGUGUAUUAUAUGGGGAAGAGCAGGAACCACAGAGCAAUUAUCAACGUGAUCCUUCUGUGGCCCAAAAAUAUUUUGAUUCAUCGCAGGACUUGGUGUAACAUUUUGGGUAUUUUCGACAUUUCUGAAUUCAGGCUGCAAAAUUACUUGAAACCAGUUCUAUGUCUAUACAAAGUCUGUACAUGGUAAAAUUGAGUGUGUAGGGGGUGAGUAAGGAUCUUCCUGUAUAGGGCCUGGAAUCUCAGCACCUAUUGCUCAUCCCUUGUCAUUGACCUGAAACAGAAACUCUUGUUUCUCUCUCCCUGGAUGCUGGCUGACUGGUUGUGCAUUUCCAUAUUUUAUUGUUUAGAAUCAACCAUGUAGCUUCAGGUAAAGACGGCAGAUCUCCUUCCAUGAAAGAUGCCCCUGAAUCAGAUGGGAUUUUACAACAGUGUGGUAGUUCAGUGACCACCUUUAAUGAUGCUUUGCCUUUAAAACAAAAUGUCACAUUUGUUUGUGUAGCUGUGGUGGGAUUUGAACUUCUGUCCCUCAGUCAAUAGCUCAGCAACAUAACCACUGUGCUAACCUAAAGCUGAGGUUACAACAUGUUGGCCUGGAUUCCAUCAAGGUGAAUUGACUUGGGAGCCUUGAGCCAUUGUCGACCACUAUUCAAGUGGGUUCAUUCCAAGUUCAAGUUUAUGGUCAGAGGUGUGCAUACACAGGGUAUAAAUGCCAGGAAAAUUAGCUUUUCGCAGCUGCAGCACAGUACGUUACAAGAUGAGGACAAAUCUGUUAACAUAAAUUAUACAUGCAUGUGUGGAAAAUAAACAUAACGACACUAAUGCAAGUUGAGAGGGAGAGAGAGCGAAAUAUAUAGUCCGAGGUUAAUGUUUUUCAGGUGGGUUCAAGAACCUGACGACAGUGGGGAAGAAGCUGUUGUUGAACCUUGAGGUGUGGGUCUUCAGGCUCCUGUCCCCCUGCCUGAUGGCAGCAUUGGGAAGAGGGCACGGCCCGGAUGGUGGGGGUCCCUGAUGAUUUGUGUUCCAACUUGUUCUGACUUGUGCUUUGGGUGACCGGUGUUGACAGUGGGCCUAUGUAACGGGCUGUCACCCUACUCUCAAUGUCUCACCAUCGUGAUCACAACAAACUCCUGAAAGGAACCUGUGUAGCCGAGUGGGGCAAUGAUGUUGAUGAUGAAACGCACUCUUUAGUGAGUGGGGUUCAAGGUCACUUCUUGUCUUUUAGCAGAAGUAGUAUAACUGAGAGAUGGAAAGUAAUGCGAAAGCAUAAAUAUGAGACCCAGAAAAGUGCACUGAAUUGGUUUAAAAAUCGCAGUGGAUCAUGGUUUAGGAUGGUCAUUGGUAAUUGGUUUAUUAUUGUCACAUGGACUGAGGUACAGUGAAAAACUGUUUUGCAUGCCAUCCAUACAGAUCAUUUCAUUACAACAGUGCAUUGAGGUAGUACAAGGGAAAACAAUAACAGAAUGCAGAAUAAAGUGUUAGAGUUACAGAGAAAGUGCAGUGCAGGCAGACAACAACGUGCAAGGCCAUGACGAGGUAGAUUGUGAGGUCAAGAGUCCAUCUUAUCAUACUAGGAGACCAUUCAAUAGUCUUACAGCAGCGGGAUAGAAGUUGUCCUUGAGCCCGGUGGUGCGUGCUUUCAGGCUUUUGUUUCUUCUGCCUGAUGGAAGGGGGGAGAAGAGAGUAUGUCCGGGGUGGGUGGGGUCUUGGAUUAUGUUGCUGGUAGUUUGGUUUUCAUUGUCUGGUGGGGUCUGUGCCUGGAUGUUGUGGCCUUGAACCUAAACGGAAAUAGAUGGAACAAUGUUGCAUGGUGGAACACACCAGUCGGACCAGGGUUUAUAUGGACCCAGCCAACCCUGAUCCUAAUCCCAGCCUGUCAGUCUUGGGAAGGUGCAGUGCGGAGGUCCGAUGUGCCCCACCAAUCAUUCCAAGCAUGUGGCUGAUGAAUGGGUUUAGACUACAAACACUCGAGUCCAGGCGGUAACCCUGUUAGGGAUAGGGGGAGAAAUGUAGCAGUUAAGAUAAACAGCACUUCAAGAAAAGCCCUUGAAAAUUCCCUGAUCAUAGUUAAUCAGUUGACUAGUGUACUACUCCUGGCUAAGUGGCUGUUUGGUUUAUGAAACUGUGCGUGCUUGCUGAACUCAGAACAACAAUUUGCAAUCUAAUAAUAAUUGCAUUGAGAGCGCAGGCUGGUAGCGACCACGUUACAUCAGUCAGUGGGAAGGGGGAAGAGUGUGAUGGGGUCCUACAGAAAACACCCUAUUUUACAGGAAACAAAAGAAAAUCAAGUCACUCAGCAAACAGAAUCUUUAAACUGCAGGGGAAAACAUAAACUACAGCAACUUCUCCCAGUAAAAGCAGGGUAAUUCCCCAGAAAAGUUCAGCAAAUUCUCGUCAUGUGUAAUCAAUCUCAGUCAUUUACAGCAGUGUGGUCACCUGGAGCAGUAUGUGAGUGGCUCCUUGGUCAGCCAUCAACCAUUCAUUCUGACUGUUUUCUAGCAACUCUGUUGAUAGAUUUCCCUCCCCCCUCAUCCCUGUUUAAUUCAUGUUUAUGGAUCCUUCUAAACUUGCUUAAUGGGAAGUGAAUGACUGCAGUCAGUGCGAGCUUCCAGACGAUGUUGGGAUUUGGCUACUUCCUAAGUAGAGCAUUAAUGUUCAAACAGACUUGGUCAAAGCCCUGUGGGACUUGUUUCCCUUGUGUUGUGUCUGUUGUAGAUCAUUUAGAGAAAGAUUGACCACUGUGUUAGUCAAUAACUCCACUGUCAUUGUAUCUCGUCAUCAGCAGGAUUGUAGAAGAUGAACUGGACAAGCCUUGUCCUCCUUACUCUAGUUAUUGCUAUGUUCCUGUUGGAGCUGAUCACUUUAAUUGAAAUAAAGUUGGUGCCAACUUG